GGGAGGGGGGCAGGCAGCUUGCUUUUUAGAAACGCACACACACAGAGAGGGGCUUCAUUCUCAACCCAAAGAUUCAGGCUAACGCAUCCACCCCAUUGUAGAGGGAAGGAAAAGGGGAAGGCACCAAGGCACUAGAAUCCCACAGUGUGUCCAUGUUUCGCCUGUCAUCUCUAUGCGUAUCUGAGCGUACUAUCCACCGCAACCAACCAGCAAAUCGAGGCCGGAACUAGGAUCUACUACAGGACUCAUAGGAGCGAUUUUAGACGUAACGGUUCGUCCUAUUCGACAUCAUGUUCUGAAAAAAAUAUAUAUCUCAUUAUUUCAGGUUUAAAAAAAAAAAAAUCCAAUACCAACUGAUAAACAUUUCCACCUUGAUGAACCAAGCGUCGGUCAUGUUCUGCACCUGACCUGUAGCAAGCCUCUAUUCUCGGCACGGACUGGUAACACGACAGCAACUUUUGGAAGAAGUUAAAUCCUCAAAUUGGUUGAGUGGAGGGAGAAGCAGAAUCUUCCGUUGAAUAUAGUUUUUCCGUUUCUUCGCAUUUUUAUCUGCAUAACGAAGGCGAAACGGCGACUUCCGUUGAUUAUCUGUCUUUUCUUUGCUAUCCAAUGGAUAUUCACUGCAAAGGAGACCCUUUCUCGGCGAUGCACCGGCAUGGCGGUGUGAACCAGCUAGGCGGGGUGUUUGUCAACGGCAGACCCCUACCUGACGUGGUGAGGACAAGAAUCGUGGAGCUGGCGCACCAAGGAGUGAGACCGUGUGAUAUCUCGAGACAGCUACGGGUCAGUCACGGCUGUGUCAGCAAGAUACUGGGCAGAUACUACGAGACCGGCAGUAUAAAACCUGGAGUUAUUGGGGGCUCCAAACCAAAAGUGGCCACUCCAAAGGUUGUGGAUAAAAUAGCGGACUACAAGCGUCAGAAUCCAACCAUGUUCGCCUGGGAGAUCAGAGACCGACUGUUAGCUGAAGGCGUCUGUGACAACGACACGGUUCCAAGCGUGUCAUCCAUUAACAGGAUCAUUCGAACAAAAGUCCAGCAGCCUUUCCAUCCGUCUCCAGAUGGCACGUCCCUGUCCACACCAGGCCACACCAUCGUACCGAGCCAGGCCUCUCCGCCUGUGACUAGUGCUUCCAACGACCCCGUGGGUUCCUACUCCAUUAAUGGCAUUCUGGGAAUUCCCAGAUCAAACGGCGAGAAGAGGAAAAGAGAUGAAGAUGGUUCAGAUGGGUCUGGCCCAAACACUGAUUCUCAGGGUAGUGUGGACAGUUUACGGAAGCACCUGCGAGCCGAUGCUUUCACACAGCAGCAGCUGGAAGCUUUGGACCGGGUCUUUGAACGUCCCUCGUACCCUGACGUCUUCCCGACCUCGGAGCACAUCAAACCAGAACAGGCUAACGAGUACUCCCACACCCUGCCCUCCAUGAACUCUGGCCUGGAUGGAGAGGUGAAGCCCAGUCUGUCCUCCAGCGGUAACCAGGACCUGGGCUCCAGUGUUUCCGUGGCACAGAGCUACUCUGUAGGUCGAGACAUGACCAACACCACUCUACCGGGGUACCCCCCUCACGUCCCCCCGACCGGUCAGGGCAGCUACCCAACCUCAACACUGGCUGGAAUGGUUCCUGGGAGUGAGUUUUCCGGCAACCCAUACAGUCAUCCACAAUACACCACCUACAACGAGGCGUGGCGAUUCAGCAACCCGGCCUUACUAAGUUCCCCUUAUUAUUAUAGUGCCGCCUCCAGAGGCUCCGCCCACCCACUGCUGCCACGGCCUAUGACCGCCACUAGUUACCAUGGAAACCAAAUCAACCACCACCUACACCACGACUACAACUACGGCUUCGGCAGCGUCCACGUUGCCCCGGUGUGAACGGAUGAGGGUGACGGGAUACCGUUAAUACAGCCAGAGGGCAGCUCCAUUUCCUGUAUAUCACACUACUACACAAAACCGAAGAACUGAUGGUCGGGGAUGCCGUGCGGAAAAACAACCUAGCAACAACAAACCGAUUUGUACACAUUCAAAGUAGUGAAAAUCACCCAAUUCUUUGAUCUGCAAGACUGUACAUUACUCCCAGAGACUUUGAAAGACUAUAUAUACAUGAUACUACUGAGUUUACUGAGGUAAAAAGAAAACAAAAAGUUUUGAAAAAGACAAUGAGGAAUUUCUCUCUUUUCUUUUUUGUAAUUGUCCUCCGUUUCUUUUUCUUCCUCGGUGGAUCAAAACAUUCCUUUACUUGACUGAUCUCUCCGCCGACCGAGAAACCCGUCCUUUGCUGAAAGUACAGGACAGUAGCAGCCUGUUUCUCCUCUCUUCUGAAUCUGUCUCUAGACCUUCUACUCAAAGGGCAGUGCAAUGAGAUCCAUGCUAAAAACACUGGCGUCAAUGCAACACGGCUGCUGCAAGUCCUCCAUUACAAACAAACGUAGAGUCAUUUGUAACCAACCAAACGUUCAGCAUGAAUCAAUUGCUUUUUGAUGACGAUGCCAUGAGAAGAUUAUUAGGACGUGUUCUCUGUGAUACACAAUCAGAUGUAAAAAAAAAAGAAAAAGAAAAAAGAAACACUGAAUUGAAAAUAAAAAGGAAACCGUGACAUAUUGUGGUCUUCUAAUUUACAAGAUUUGAAAAACCUAGUAAAUAUAUUCUUAAAGAUUUUUAUUUUAUUUUGUUUUUUUAUUAUUAUUGUUAUUGACAUCUUAAUGAAUUGCAGAUAAUAUGCUUGACUUUUGUUGUUGUCAUUUUUAUUUGUCAGGACACUAGAAAUGAUCAGAAUCUAUUUUGUAUUUGUUUUUAAUUUUGCACUAUUUUUGAAGUUUGACACACUGGGGGCGGUAUUAUGCAGACAUUGACCUGGAUGCCUAUUGGUCUUGUUUUACAGAAUAUUAUUAUUUUUAAGUACCAUUCGAAGAAUAAAGUUAACUGUAACCUGUUGGUUUGGAAGGGCGCUUAAUGGCUUCAAAUGCUUAUGUUUUACCACUUCAUUUACAACAUGGAAAUUCAUUAACAAUUCUGCAAUUUCACCAGAUUGUUUCUGCCUUGACAUGCAGGAUUGCUAUCCACACGUACUCAACCCGAGGUUAGCGAGCUAACAUUUUCAGUUGACUCAAGUCUUUGGCAUUAAGAAAUGGCAAACCUUUUUAUCAAUAAACUCGUUUUUUUUGUGACAAACUAAUUAAGUAAUUAAAAGUCUAGUGUUUAUGGUGAUAGCUUGGCACCCAAUUCCCUUUAUAGUGUUCUGCUUUUCACCUGGAUGCAUAGAACAAAGAUAGUGCACUACAAACAUUUGGGGAAUAGGGUGCCAUUUGGGAGACAGUCACAAUUUGAUGUUCCUUCCGAUAAGGCCACCAUCACAUAAUGUGUAAACAAAUAACAGGGCAAAUAUUUAAACAGAAAAGCAGGGCAAAGAUUUCAGUUAAUGCCUUAAACAUUACGCAUUGUCCACAAGGUUCCAACUCUUCUAUUUGUUUUGUUUGCUUUAAGACAUCAUGUGACUUAUCUGGUUAGUUUUUCUUAAAUUACACAAGUACCACCGACCUGGCUGGAAGAAUGGGAAACAUGAUCAAACAUACAGUACCUUAAUUUAACUGUCAAGUGAAUGUAUUUUUUAUCGCAUUUGCCAAAGACUUAGUUCUUGUUAUUGCUUUUUUUUUUUUUACAGCCAGCAUACGUAUGCAUUGUGAGAGCAGUAUUAUAGGAAAAAGACAACUUGUCCAUAAUUAAAGUAUAUGUAUAAAUUCUAUGCAGAGCAGAGAUGGUCAUCAUUAUUAUGCAUAUUUAGCUGUAAACCGAAAGGAAGGUGAUUGAAUUUAUUUAAUUUUAUGUUAUUUACAAACUGUUGAUUUAUUUGUAGAAUGAUUUGUGUAUAAUGUGAAGACACAGGCUUCUACUCUGUAAAUACAGUCAAAUAAUAUCUUCAUCCUGAUCAUCGGUAUUAACACUUUCAUACACUGGAGUCUCACUUGUACAUUUCAAUAAUAAAGUGUCUGAAAUCUUCUAAGUC